AUAUAAUACGACUGCACAGGUACUAAGUCCCAUCUGACCAAAAUGUGGUCCAUACUCCUUCUUGUGAGUAUUGCUGCGGUGUCUGCAGAUCCUAAAGAGUUCCACGGGGAUAAAGUUUUUCGAGUAUUUCCCCAAAAUGAAGAACACGUUGAAUUAAUAAAAUCCAUUGCAAGCAAUACACAGCUUGACUUCUGGAUACCAGAAACCAUAUCACUGGUUACUGUAGGACAGCGUGCUGAUUUCCGUGCUGAAUAUGAAGUAGCGUAUGAUAUCCAGGCCCUCCUUGAGAAAAGUGGAAUGCCCUAUGAAGUUAUGAUUGGCAAUGUGCAAGAAGCUGUUGAUACCCAGCGUGAUAGCAAUAUCCGUGCUGUUCACAGCUAUGUAAAGUACAAUGACCUUGACACGAUUAACGCAUGGUCUGCUAACAUUGCUGCUCAGAAUUCCGGCCUUGUGUCUCGCUCCCAACUAGGAACCUCAUACGAGGGCCGUCCUAUCUACUUACUUAAGGUUGGCAAAAGUGGUUCGAAUAAAAAGGCUGUGGUCCUUGACUGUGGUUUCCACGCAAGAGAAUGGAUUAGUGUUGCAUUCUGCCAGUGGUUUGUAAAGGAGGCUGUUGAGAAAUAUGGAUCUGAUACACAAUUAACUAAUCUCCUCAACAACUUGGAUUUCUAUGUUGUGCCAGUUCUAAAUGUUGAUGGAUAUUCCUAUACCUGGACAAAUAACCGUAUGUGGAGGAAGACACGUUCAGUUAACAGUGGCUCCACUUGUAUUGGUACUGAUCCAAACAGGAAUUUCAAUGCUGGAUGGUGCACUGUGGGAGCUUCUUCAAGAGCUUGCGAUGAUACAUACUGUGGCAGUUCUCCUGAAUCUGAAAGAGAAACCAAAGCUCUGGCUAACUUCAUCCGUAAUAAUAUUUCUUCCAUAAAGGGAUACUUGACUAUUCAUUCCUAUUCCCAGAUGUUGCUGUUCCCCUACUCUUACUCUUAUGCUGUAGCUAAGGACCACACUGAGUUGAACACUGUAGCCAAGAAUGCUGUGAGUCAGUUGACAUCUUUGUACAACACCAAAUACACAUAUGGAGCUGGAGGCACUACAAUCUACCUUGCAGCUGGAGGGUCAGAUGACUGGGCUUAUGAUGCAGGCGUGAAAUACUCAUUCACUUUUGAGCUCCGUGACACAGGAAGAUAUGGUUUCCUGUUGCCCGAAUCUCAGAUCCAGGCAACUAGUCAAGAAACCUUGCUGGCUGUCAAGUCCAUUGCCACCCACAUCCUGAACAACGCAUAAGAAAUGGUUUUACAGAAGAUUGCGAUUGUACACUUCAAUCUUGUAAUACAUUGUCUAUUUCUACUAUCAUUUUCAGAAUUUAAUCAUUCUGACUACCUUGGAUUUCAGUAAUUGUUCCAAGAAAUACUACGUGAAUGGAAUAAUUAAUUAAAAAAAAGAAAAGAAAAUUUCUGCUCAAAUAAAUUUUGAAAACAAAAUGAGAAA